AACAAGAUCGAUUCCGUGCUCAUUUCCUCCCGGUCUUUCGUCUGCAUUUCCUCUGGUCAUUUUGUUAUCAAUUACGCGUAUCGAAACGCGUCGCUCACGCGCGGGGGCAGUAGCGUUGAACGCUUCAUCGAGUUCCACUUUACCUUGGCGCGAAUUUUUUUUCCGUUCCUGGUGACCGACGUUUAUGCCGCCGUGUUGUGUACUUUGUUUAUUCGCGCAUCAGACGGAUCGCCGCGUUCGCUGAUCUUCACAGUUCGAUACAAAUCAGUACCAGUGAUCCUUCUAGUCAACGUCAUACUGGAUCAACAUUGCACUGUACAAUUAAUUGGUUAAUUCAAUAAUCACAUUAAUCAAAUUUCCAUACCCGUCCGAAUUUGACAGUGCCAACAAGGAAGAUCAGUUCAUUUUUGAAUCAGUGAUAUUCGGACCAUUGUGAAAAGUAGUUUUAACAAUUCGGAAAUGCUAAAACCAAUUUGGAGUUGAGCAAGCAGAGGAAACGUUUGACAGGAAACGAAAUGGAAACCUCAUAUCGUCACAACCCGGAACUGAACGAUAACAUCGGGGGCCCAGUGAAACCAUCCUUCUACAAGGAACAUUUCGACCCGAGAAAUCCAGAACUCUGUGAUAGCUUCAGCAACUAUCGCGAACUCACCAGGGGAAAGAAAAAGCGAUACGAUGCGAGCAAGUAUAACGAUUUUCAUGAACUGCAAGCCGACUUCAAAGAACUUCGAGUCAAAGGUAAAAAAAGGGAAGGUCAAAUGAUGCGCAAAGGGCGACGAAAGAAGAAAUCGAAAUCCAAACUCAAAUUUGAAGGAGAGACUUUUAAGGAUCCAGAUCCCUACCAGUUGGCGGUACGGAAGACCCAGUACGCAAAACCGAAAGGAAAGUUUGUGUUCGAAGGUGAAAAAUUUAAAGACCCUGAUCCAUUUGAACUGGCCAUAAAGAAACAGGAUCCUGGUCGGGUACAGAAUAAUAAAGAAAUCAAAGAAGAGUUCAUGAAGCAACUGCAUCACGCACAUCCUGGUAUUGUACAUGGAAGUGCAGACUUUGGAAGAAAUUCUUAUAUCGGUGCUUUGGAUGACGAAGACGACAGUUUUGAGGAAAUCGAAGACUCAUGCUACAAUCGAUCGGCGCUGGCGCAAUUCCUAGCAGUUGGUGUCAAAAAUGUGCUACUGCUUGGAUACGGAAUGACAUUGGGCUUCCCAACUAUAGUGAUUCCCGCUAUCCAGGGCGGAGAUGGACGAGUACCUAGUUACGAAAAAGAUUUUAUUCUUAACAGAGAGGAGAUUUCCUGGCUGAGCUCAAUCAACUUGAUCUGUGUUCCACUGGGAUGCGUAUUCUCCGGAAUGUUAACCCAACCGAUCGGAAGACGACGAGCAAUGCAGAUUGUUAAUAUACCGAUGCUGAUAGCAUGGCUUCUUUUUCAUUUUGCUGAAGAUGUCCAUUUUCUAUACUGCGGUCUCGCCCUAGCCGGCUUUAGUGGGGGCCUCAGUGAAGCACCGGUUCUAACUUAUGUGUCGGAAAUCACACAACCCCGGUACAGAGGAAUGCUGGCGGCAACUGGAUCGACGUGCGUUAUUAUUGGAGUACUUAUUGAAUUUUUGAUGGGAAGUUUUCUCCGAUGGCGUAUGGUAGCACUGUGUAGUGCAUGUGUUCCGGUUAUUUCCUUUCUGUUGCUGUUUUUCGUGCCCGAAAGUCCAGUUUGGCUGAUAGGAAAGGGUAAAUACAAACAAGCACAGCGAUCGCUGGCAUGGCUUCGUGGAUGGGAGCCUGUGGAAGAAGUCGAAAAAGAGUUCUACGACAUUCGGAAACACAUGGACGAAAGUGUGGAGCGAGAUAAAGAUUAUACAGUAAUUCAACACAUCAAAAUGUAUGGGACAAAAUCAUUCCUGCAUCCGUUUGGUAUUAUAAGUUUGUGCUUCUUUAUCGGACAUUUUUCCGGCAUGACUACACUGCAAACCUAUGCUGUUCAGAUAUUUCACACCCUCAAAGCACCCAUUGAUAAGUACUACGCCACCAUUUUGUUAGGAGUAGCAGAACUACUUGGAACACUUUUCUGCGUAUGUCUUGUUCAUUUCAGUGGUAAACGACCUCUAGUACUCAUUUCCAGCAUUGGGUGCGCAAUAUGUUUCUUCUCCGUUGCUGGAUACGCAUACUUCCUAAAUUCGAUCCCUGGAUCAACAGUGAGCAACAUAGUUGCAAACGUAUCUGCCAUCAGAACAGAUUUCCAUGUGAUACCGUUGAAUUCUACAGAAGUAAUCUCUGCUAUUUCGAAAGAUAGUUUGAAUUAUAUGGACACAAGUAAUCAAUCUUCGAACAAAGAUGACGGAACAAAAUAUGAUCAUCAAAACUUCACACCGUACUACUUGAAUGGCUCGUACGAUAAUGCAGUCAGCAACAGCACUAGAUACGGAGAAUACAUCACCUCAGCAAUCCCCAAGGAAGUGUUGGUUCAGAUACCAAAUGCAGAUGAAAAUAAAUAUCUAUGGGUACCGUUAACUCUUCUACUGGGCAGUGCUUUCCUAACGCAUGUAGGUAUUCGCUUAAUACCUUGGAUAUUGAUUGGUGAGCUGUUCGCUCCCUCAAUUCGAAGCGGAGCAUCCGGUAUAGCCGGUGGAACUGGAUACAUUUUUGGGUUUUUAGCCAAUAAAUUAUUCCUGAAAAUGUUGGCUACUUUCACAUUACCCGGUACAUUUUGGAUAUAUUCUGCGAUUACUGCCGUUGGAGCCGUUGCACUUUAUCGAGUUCUUCCCGAAACGGAAGGUAAAAGUCUCGUUGAAAUUGAAAGUUACUUCGCUUCGGAACGCAAGCGAAGCAUUCAUUUUGAUAUGGAAAUGGCGCCUCCAAUGCCGAAACCACGAGGAAUGGCUACACCUUUCACUCCUCCGCCCCCUCUGCCACCCAGAUCUCAUCCUUUGAAGGACGAUAUCGGCCGAAUACGCAAAAUAUCACAACAAUUUGGGGCCCAGUCACGGAAAAAUUCUUCCAGCACACCCUCUCGUAAGGUAUCGGUAAACUCUAGUAAAGCAAAUGAAGCGCCAGAUAAAGUGUCCAUCAACUCUAGAACAAGCUCACUACAUUCCUAUAAUUUAGAAUCCUCACGACCUAGUCAAACAUCUGUCGAGCAUUAUCGUAAGAUUUCAGCAAAUUAUAUACCUCGGACACUCCCAUCCAUUUCUGCUAGUCCAGAAGGUAUCAGAAAACUUGAAACCAAAACCAAUUCAAAACCUGUUGGAAUCACAAAGCCUCAAGAGGAAACCAGUGCACAGUCAUCUCAAUACUAUCGAAAAAUCUCUGAUGCUGAUUACAAAACUUCGACUAAAUCAAACGUUCCGAAAGUUGUGCUCACUCCACACGAUACUACUACGAACAAAUCUGCAUAUAAAAAAUCAUCAAGUAACCAAAUGUCAUCUACUUUGAUUCACUUCGAUGUUAACAAUUGGGACAGUAACAAAAAGUUCGAAGAGCUACUGCGUCGUCGAGAGCAAAACCAAUCGGUGGGAGAUAACGGGGAUAUAAUGAAUCAUAUUUCCAGCCAGCAGGAUCUAGAGCACUCUAAAGAAAUGCAAAAGCGGCGGGAUCUUCAAUUACUGCGCGUAGGCAUGCAGAGGCACCGACAGAACUCUGGCAGUAUGAAUGCACUUACUGACGUAAUUACCAAUAAUGGUGUGAAUCGUGAAACAGAAACGAACGAAACUAGGAUGUGAUGUGUUCCUUCAUGUAAAAAAUGUAUCGUAGAUGAUUUUACAAUAUUAAAGUAUAGAAUAGAACGAAAUUAGAAGCAUAA